UUGGCGCGUGCAGUUGCGAAUCGCGGCAAAACAGGCAACGACAAAAUAAAAUAAGACAUUCAAAGUGAAGCGUAAACAACGAAUUCGUAGAUAAAAGCAUAUUCCAAAAAAAAUAUACAGUUAGUUUUAUCGAGUGUGUUUUUGUGAUAUUUUUGCGUGUUAAGUGCGUCGCACUUGCGCAAUACAAAUAACAUUUCGAGUAAAGUGCAGAUAAAGUGGACAACAUCACAUGAUCAAAGCAAACCAAGAGAAGUGAAACCUACUCCUCAUAAAGCGUGUGGACUGACUAUCUAGAAACUCUAGUAGUGGUGGGGCCUGGCCACAGCAAUUUCCGCUUUGGGGCUUGAUUAUCGCGGCCGCCUUGACAACACUUUUGAUUUCUUGAACGCAACAGUUUCAAGUGACGCUUUCGUUGGUUCGGUUCAUUUUACGGUUUCGGUUUCGUUUACGGUUUCAAGCAAUUUGUAUCCCUAGGAUGCGUUGGAAAGUUGGGCCACUCAUCGUGCUGCUGCUGGUGGCCAUCUGUCUGGUGGAUGCCCAGUGGCAGCCAUGUCCCAGCAGCUGCACUUGCUAUGCGCGCACCGUGCGUUGCAUGCGCGCUCGCCUCACAACCCUGCCGCCAGUGCCACGGGAUACCCAAGUGCUAGAUUUGCGAUUCAAUCACAUUGAGAAGCUGCCGGCCAAUGCAUUCAAUGGCCUCAGCCAACUGACGACGCUCUUUCUCAACGACAACGAAAUGGCAUUUGUCGAGGAGGAUGCCUUUAAGGAUCUGCGGGCAUUAAGGUUUCUCUAUUUGAACAAGAAUCGCCUAAGCCGCUUACCCGCCACCAUCUUUCAGCAAUUGAGCAGCUUAGAGGCACUCUAUCUCGAUGGCAAUGAUAUUUGGCAACUGCCUGUUGGACUUUUUGACAAUUCGCCACGUUUGCAACGAAUUAUUCUGAACAACAACAAGUUGACCAAUCUGCCGCUGGAAAUGUUCAACAAAUUGCAUAGUCUGAGGCAACUGCGUUUGGAUGGCAACCCGAUUGAUUGCAAUUGCGGUGUCUAUUCACUCUGGCGUCGUUGGCAUUUGGACAUCCCAACGCAAAGAGUCUCCAUCUCAUUGUCGUGUGCACAGCCCACAGCAUUGCAGCGCCUCAGCUUCAGUCAGCUCAAUGAGCGGCAUUUCCAAUGUGUUAAGCCUGAAUUGCUGGCGGGUCCACACGACAUGCACGUGAACAGUGGCGAAACGGUGAGCAUGCUCUGCGAGGUGGAAGGUCAACCCAAGCCCGAAUUGAUUUGGAUGCAAAACACAAACGAGAUCGGUGUGGAGCAGGCGCCACGCAUGCAGGUGCUGCCCAGCGGAGCGCUGCUCAUCAACGGUGUCGAAUCGAAUGACAUUGGCAUCUAUGAGUGCAUUGCGCGCAAUGAAAUGGGCGAGAUCAAAUCGCAGCCCGUACGCAUGAUGGUUCACGACGCUGACAGCGCACAGAACAGCCUCCACAACGUCCACGACCACGACCACGUACAUCCGGAUGGCAAUCAGGUGCGGGCUGGCGUCGCCGCGGUUGUGGAACCGACACCAAUGCCACCGCAUUUCACCCAUCAGCCACAUGACCAAAUUGUUGCCCUCCACGGGUCCGGGCACGUGCUGCUCGAUUGCGUUGCCAUCGGCUGGCCACAGCCAGACAUACAAUGGUUCGUCAAUGGCCGGCAACUGUCCCAGUCCACGUCCACGCUGCAGCUGCAGGCCAACGGCAGUCUGGUGCUCCUCGAACCCAGCCAGUUGACAGCGGGCACGUAUCGUUGCGAGGCCCACAACAGUCUGGGCUCUGUGCAGGCCACCGCCCGCAUCGAAGUGAAGGAUUUACCCGAAAUUUUAAUGGCACCACAAAACCAAACAAUCAAACUGGGCAAAACCUUUGUGCUGGAAUGCGAUGCCGAUGGCAAUCCGUUGCCCAGCAUAACCUGGCAAUUCAAUGGGCAACCACUCGAGGCCAGCGUUGACCUGCUGUUGGAGAACGAGAACACUGAGCUGGUGGUUAGCGUGGCCAAAGAGCACCAUGCGGGUGUCUAUCGCUGCAUUGCGAGCAAUGAGAACGGUGAAGUUAGCGCUUGGGCAGCGAUUAAAGUGGAGCAAUCGCAGCAGCCGCCACGCUUGGCCAUUGAGCCAAGCAAUUUGGUGGCCAUUACGGGCACCACGAUUGAGUUGCCCUGUCAGGCAGAACAGCAGGAGGAUGGACUUCAAAUUGUCUGGCGUCGCGACGGACGUUCCAUCGAUCCCAAUGUGCAAUUGACCGAGAAAUAUCAAAUAAGCGGCACCGGCAGUUUGUUUGUCAAGAAUGUGACCAUCCUCGAUGGCGGACGCUACGAAUGCCAGCUAAAGAAUCGAUUCGGUCGUGCCACAGCCUCAGCACUCGUUACCAUCAGAAACAAUGUGGAUCUGGCACCCGGCGAUCGUUACGUGCGCAUUGCCUUUGCCGAGGCAGCCAAGGAGAUUGAUGUGGCCAUCAACAACACGCUGGACAUGCUCUUUUCCAAUCGCUCCAAGGGAACACCUCCCAACUUUGGUGAACUGCUUCGCGUCUUCCGCUUCCCCACUGGCCAGGCAAGACAGUUGGCCCGCGCUGCCGAGAUCUACGAGCGCACCUUGGUGAACAUAAGGAAGCAUGUGCAACGUGGUGAGAAUCUGAGCAUGGAGAGCGAACAGUACGAGUUCAGGGAUCUGUUGUCACGCGAGCAUUUGCACUUGGUGGCCGAGCUAUCCGGUUGCAUGGAGCAUCGCGAGAUGCCCAACUGCACGGACAUGUGCUUCCAUUCACGUUACCGCAGCAUCGAGGGCACCUGCAACAAUCUGAUGCAUCCCACCUGGGGCGCCUCGCUGACUGCUUUCCGUCGCCUGGCGCCGCCCAUUUACGAGAACGGCUUCAGCAUGCCCGUGGGCUGGACAAAGGGACGCAUGUAUGCGGGACAUCCGAAGCCAAGUGCGCGUCUUGUGUCAACCUCUGUGGUGUCCACCAAGGAAAUAACACCGGACACGCGUAUUACCCACAUGGUCAUGCAAUGGGGACAGUUUCUCGAUCACGAUCUGGAUCAUGCUAUACCCUCGGUGAGCUCGGAGAGUUGGGAUGGCAUCGACUGCAAGAAGACAUGUGAAUUCGCCCCGCCGUGUUACCCCAUCGAGGUGCCACCGAAUGAUCCGCGCGUGAAGAAUCGUCGCUGCAUCGAUGUGGUGCGUUCCAGUGCCAUCUGUGGCUCCGGCAUGACGUCGCUCUUCUUUGAUGGCGUGCAGCAUCGCGAGCAGAUCAAUCAACUGACCUCGUACAUCGAUGCCUCACAGGUCUAUGGCUACAGCACACCCUUUGCCCAGGAGCUACGCAAUUUGAGCUCCGAUGAGGGACUGCUGCGUGUCGGUGUGCAUUUCCCCAAUCAGAAGGAUAUGUUGCCGUUUGCUGCGCCACAGGAUGGCAUGGACUGUCGACGCAAUCUGGAUGAGAAUCAAAUGAAUUGCUUUGUUUCGGGCGACAUCAGAGUUAACGAGCAAGUUGGCCUACUGGCCAUGCACACGAUCUGGAUGCGUGAACACAAUCGCAUUGCAAGUAAACUGCGUGAGAUUAAUCCGCACUGGGAUGGCGACACUCUUUAUCAGGAGGCACGCAAGGUUGUGGGUGCCCAGAUGCAGCACAUCACGUACAAGCAGUGGCUGCCGUUGAUUGUGGGCGAGAGUGGCAUGGAAAUGCUGGGCGAGUAUCGUGGCUACGAUCCACAAAUCAAUCCAAGCAUUGCAAAUGAGUUUGCCACCGCGGCGCUGCGAUUUGGCCACACCAUCAUCAAUCCCAUACUGCAUCGUUUGAACUCCAGCUUCCAGCCCAUACCCCAGGGACAUCUGCAGCUGCACAAGGCCUUCUUUGCACCCUGGCGUCUGGCCUACGAAGGUGGCGUUGAUCCAUUGCUGCGUGGCAUGCUCGCUGUGCCCGCCAAGCUCAAGUUGCCCGAUCAGAACCUGAACACCGAGCUCACAGAGAAGCUCUUCCAGACAGCGCAUGCGGUUGCUCUCGAUUUGGCUGCCAUCAAUGUACAACGUGGUCGAGAUCACGGUAUUCCCGGCUACAAUGUCUAUCGCAAGUUUUGUAAUCUGACUGUCGCCACGGACUUUGACGACUUGGCUGGCGAGAUUACCAAUGCGGACAUUAGGCAAAAACUGCGUGAACUCUAUGGGCAUCCGGAUAACAUUGAUGUCUGGCUGGGCGGCAUUCUGGAGGAUCAAGUGGAGGGAGGCAAGGUGGGAAAACUCUUCCAGUGUCUGCUCGUGGAACAGUUCCGUCGUUUGCGCGAUGGCGACCGCUUCUACUAUGAGAAUCCGGGCGUCUUUCUGCCCGAACAGCUGGUGCAGAUCAAGCAGUCGAACCUGGGACGCGUCUUGUGCGAUGUGGGCGACAAUUUCGAGGAGAUGACCGAGAAUGUGUUCAUACUGGCCAAACAUCAGGGUGGCUACAAGCAGUGCGAGGAUAUACCCGGCAUCAAUUUGUAUCUGUGGCAGGAAUGCAGCAGAUGCAACAGUCUGCCAUCCAUCUUUGACAAAUAUAUCCCGCAGACUUACACCAAGCGUAGUCAGCGCAGCAAACGUAACGUGCAGCAACUGGAACAGGAGGUGCCCACUCCCGAGAGCUAUGACAGCGCCUUGGAGGCACUGUACCAGGUGAACGAGGAACGUGUGAGCGGCUUGGAAGAGCUCAUCGGUAGCUUCCAGAAGGAGCUAAAGAAGUUGCACAAGAAAUUGCGCAAACUCGAGGAGGCCGAACCAGUGCCACAGAUUGUUCAGCUAGCGCCCGCUGCCCAAGCUCCUGCGGCGGCUGUGAAGCCCAAGCGUAGCCACUGCGUCGAUGACAAUGGCACCACCAGGCUGAACAACGAAGUCUGGACGCCGGAUGUGUGCACCAAGUGCAAUUGCUUCCACGGCCAGGUCAAUUGCUUGCGUCAACAGUGCGGCGAGGUCAGUUGCCCGCCUGGCAUUGAGCCACUGACUCCUCCCGAAGCGUGUUGUCCACACUGCCCCAUCAUGCCCAGCUCAAAGAGUGCUGCCAAGCCGGUGGUGAAUUGAGCGACGCCGGCACAUUUUGCAUAUCGACUUAACGAAGUAUUCAAACCAAAAAAAAAAGAA